CCACUCCCACUCUUGGAAUCCAUCUCCAUUCCCUCGCCCGAUCAACUAUAAGCUUCGGUUCUUGUUUAUGAUGCCUUGCUUGAAUCCUGGAGAAUCUACUGAAUUCGGAGGCGGGCAAAAAUCCCAAUCCAAUUGCCCAAUUGGUAUAGGUAGUGAGGAGACUGGAUAGGGCUUUCGAACCAGCCGCCAACUCAGAUCCACGGCUGCUCUAUAAAUAUCUUCUCAGUUCUUCAUUUCAUUUAUAUAUACCCAAAAUCGUCGUCGCCCCCAGAUUCCCAUCCAUGGCGGUAUUGAUCUCCGCCGCCCAUCUCCUCCGCCAGAGGACGCCUCUUGCGCCGCUCCGUACAAGAGCGCUCUCAUCGCGUUCUUCCAAGUCCGGCGGGGCCGGAUCCAAAUCCGAAGAGGUGGUGAUUGUGGGGGCCGGGAUUGCUGGGCUGGCCACCGCGGUUGCGCUGCGGCGGCUGGGCGUCGGAAGCCGGGUGGUGGAGCAGGCGGAGUCCCUGAGGACCGGCGGGACUUCGCUCAGCCUGUCUAAGAAUGGGUGGAAGGUGUUGGAUGCCAUUGGAGUUGGAGGCGGCAUCAGAAGCCAUUUUCUUGAAAUUGAAGGGGUGGUCUUAAAAGCCGAAGACGGGAGGCAAUUGCGCUCUUUCUCGUUCAAACAAGAGGACCCGAGCCAAGAGCUGCGCGCCGUGGAGAGGAGAGUCGUGCUAGAAUCACUAGCCAACGAACUUCCUCGAGAUGCCAUUUCCUUCUCCUCGGGGCUCUCAAAGAUUGAAAGACUCGAAUCCGGGGAAACGUUGUUGGAACUUGAUAACGGGUCACAGUUGACCGCCAACAUAGUGAUUGGUUGUGAUGGGGUGCGGUCUCGUGUGGCAAAGUGGAUGGGGUUUUCGGAGCCGAAGUAUGCGGGCCAUGUUUGCUUUCGAGGAAUAGGAACGUACCCGGAGGGACUUCCGUUUGAGCAGAGAGUGCAUUACACAUAUGGAAGAGGAGUGCGUGCUGGUUUUGUGCCCAUCUCUAAUAGUAAAAUCUACUGGUUCAUCGUCUACAACAGCCCAUCACCAGGUCCAAAGAUAACUGAUCCACAGGUUAUGAGACAGCAAGCGCAAGAACUAACAAAAAGUUGGUCACCGGAGUUACGUACCAUCAUCGACAACACCCCAGACGAGACACUGGUAAGGAAUCCCCUUGAAGACCGUUGGUUGUGGCCAUUGACUAGUCCUCGGGCAUCUUCCGGUAGGGCCGUGCUGGUUGGGGACGCGUGGCACCCAAUGACACCCAAUCUCGGGCAGGGGGCAUGUUGUGCAUUAGAGGACUCAAUUGUUUUGUCCAAGAAACUUGCAGGGGCAAUCGCGUCCGACAAUGCUUCCGUGGAAGAAGCAUUCAGAGAGUAUGAAAGAGAGAGAUGGCCCCGCAUUUUCCCGCUAAUGAUACGUGCGCAUGUUGUGGGGGCGUUCUUGCAGUGGGAUAAUUCAGUGGUGUGUUGGAUCAGGAACAAUGUGAUUGUACCUAAGCUGUUGAAACUUGGACCAAUGCUUAAACAUACAAAUUUCGAAUGUGAACCUCUAGGAACCAAGGCUGUUUAGGCAACCACAUUUUGAUAUCUAUACUAGACAGUAAAAAUUUAUGAACUUUUGGUUUGUAAUACAAUAAGCCAUCUGUUUGGCAGUGUAAAUCAAAACAGAAACUAUAUUUCGAAUGACAAUGGUACAUGACAUAUACUAUGUAAUAAGCCUAUGAGUUCAAAAAAUGUGUUGGAAAUGGAGAGAGUAAGAAUGUAUAAAAAAAAUUUAUCUGUCAUCU